AGAAAUCCGAAAAAACUCCACAGAAUUGCGUGAAACAUUUUGUAUGUUUCACGAAACAAUGGCUGAAUUCCUUGCUGAAAAUAAUAUCUGUGGCAGGAAUUUGCUGCAAAUUGUGGCUUUGGGGAAUGCAAUAAUAGCGGAAUUGCUCCGUCUAAAGGACUACAUUCCAGAUGUAUUCAAACUCACCACGAAGGAGGAGCAAACAAAGCAUGCUGAAAUUAUUCUCGAUUUCCGCUAUUUCAAGAUAUCCGACGUCCAGGAUCAGAAGAUUGAGAAUGAUGAGGCACUACAGGAUCUCGACAAUGAAUUCCGGGACAAUAAUAUUGAGAUUUUAACGAGAUUCUACCUGGCUUUUGAGAGUGUCCACCAGUACGUUGUGGAUCUCAAUACAUUCAUUCAGGAAGUCAAUGAUGGGAUCUACAUCCAGCAGAGCUUGGAAAGUAUUCUGCAGGAUGAUGAAGGGAAACAGCUGCUGUGUGAAUCACUCUACCUCUACGGUGUUAUGCUUUUGGUAUUGGAUUUGCACAUUCCCGGAGUAAUUCGAGAGAGAUUGCUGGUCUCCUAUCAUCGCUAUAGUGCUCAGAAAUCCCAUGGGGAGAGUCACCUCGAUGAUGUUUGCAAAUUUCUACGUUCCACGGGAUUUUCUAAUAUUCCCGGAACAAAGCGUGUUCCUAACUAUCCGGAAGACUACUUUCGACGCGUCGCCUUGGAUGAGAUGUUUGUGGAGAUGGUGAUAGGACGUCUACGGUCUGAUGAUGUUUACAAUCAAAUUGCUGUUUAUCCCCUGCCUGAACACAGGUCCACUGCACUGGCUAAUCAAGCGGGUAUGCUGUACGUGUGCCUUUUCUUCUCACCGGCCACACUUCAGCAGCAACCAUCACGAAUGCGAGAGAUUGUGGAUAAAUUCUUCUCAGACAACUGGAUUGUCAGCAUCUACAUGGGGAUCACGGUGAACCUUAUUGAUUCGUGGGAACCCUACAGGGCUGCCAAAGCUGCACUCAAUAACACCAUAGAAGCCCAAAUUCUCCGUGAGAAUGCGACAAAGCAUCAAAAACUCAUGCAGAAGUUACUCAAGCAAUCCCGGGAGUUGCUGAGUGAAGGUGUCCUGAGUGAGAAGUACCUCAUCUCGAACACCGUACGCAUCAUCAACGCUAUCCGGGAAUGCAAUGUGACUCUGAGGUGGCUCAUGGUGCACACUGUUGAUCCAGUCAUUGAUUGCAGUGGCAAUAAGAGAUGCCGAGCUGCUCGGGAUCAAGCCAUUCAGGAUUCCAACUACAAAUCCGUGGAAGUUUUUGAACUUCUACUCAAUACAAGUCAGUUGGAACUACGUGUCAGGGAUAUCCUCAAGGAACUACUCGCGGAGAAGGAUAAACGUUGGGAGAGUUAUAAAUUCGAAGCGGGUGACAGAAUAAGGGAGCUUAGUGAAGUCUUUGCAGGUGCAAAGACUCUCACGAAGAUUGAAAAGAAUGAAAAUCUGCGAAAAUGGUUCAGUGAUAUUCACACGGAGAUUGAAAAGUUGGACAAUAAAGCACCAAAUAUCUGUGGCAGGAAGAUUAUUCAGCUCAUUCAGGCACUCGAAGAGGUACAGGAAUUCCACAGUUUGGACACCAAUAUGCAAGUUAAGCAGUUGCUGAUUGAAGUUCGUGACUAUCUGCAUCAAAUGAUUCACACAAUCAACAUCAAAGAGGAUGCCCUGAUAAAUCUUCAACUUAUCGGAGAUUUCAGCUAUGCAUGGAAGAUUGUGGACAAGUAUACGCCAAUUAUGCAGGAGCACAUUGAAAAAUCUCCAAGUUUGGUAAUAAAACUCCGUGCAACCUUUCUGAAGCUUGCAAGUGCCCUCGAAGUGCCUCUUUUGCGUAUCAAUCAGGCUAAGAGUGAGGAUCUCAUCUCGGUGUCUCAGUACUACAGCAAUGAACUCGUUGACUACGUACGGAAAGUGGUGCAGAUUAUUCCUCAGACCAUUUUCUACAUUCUCUCGCAGAUUGUCCACCUGCAGACGAAUACAAUUCGUGAAAUCCCAACGCGGCUGGAGAAGGAUAAACUGAAGGAAUAUGCUCAGCUUGAGGAGAGAUUCGAAGUGGCUAGGCUCACGUACCGUUUAUCCGUCUUCACUGAGGGUAUUCUCAUGAUGAAGAAAACCCUCGUGGGUGUGAUUGAAUUGGAUCCAAAGCAACUCCUUGAGGAUGGCAUACGGAAGGAGCUCGUGAAGAAUCUCUCAACGGCUCUCCAUGAAACUCUGACGUUCAAUCCCAAAGCCAAACCCGGAGAAUUGGAGUUGAAACUCUCGGAACUGACAAAGAUCAUUGAUGGGUAUCGCAGAUCCUUUGAGUAUGUUCAGGAUUAUCUCAAUAUUCAAGGAUUAAAAUUCUGGCAAGAGGAAAUGUCCCGAAUAAUUAAUUACAACGUCGAAAAGGAGUGCAAUAGCUUUCUACGGAGUAAAAUCCAAGAUUGGCAGUCAAUCUAUCAGAAUCCCAUCAUCCCAAUCCCGGUUAUGCCACCAACGGAUAGUCUCUCUGUGAAUUUUAUUGGACGUCUCGGGAGGGAGAUUUUGCGUCAAACAGACCCACAGAGCACAAUCUACGUGGACGUGCAGACAGCGUGGUUUGACUACAAGACUCAAAAGGAGGGUAUCAACCUCAAAUUCUUCCCAAAAAUCAUUGGAGCAAUCGGUCCAGCUGGACUCAUGGGCUUGGAUAAACUCUAUGCAUUCACAAUAGUUACGGAACUGCAGCAACUUCUAGCCACGAUGGAGAAGAAUAUUUUCCGCGAUAAAAUAUGGUGGGAAACACUAUCCGCCUUUGCGGAGGAGAUCACAGCCAAUAGCCACGCUAUCCCCAAUCCGGGAAAGUUCUAUCAAAACUACACGAAUAGAUAUGCGAAGAUUUGGCCAAAAUUCCUCGAUUGGGUACUCAAAAUUGGUCAAAAGCAAAUAAUGAGGAAGCACAUUGCGUAUGAAAUAAACAUUUGCUGUGCCUUCAAUUCGAAAAAUUUCGAAUCAUCCCUCCGGACGAUGAAUGAUGCCCUCCUGAUGGAUAUUAAGGCUCAUGAAAUUGAUCCCGAGAAGCCCUAUCCGAGUACGGAGUUGCUCAGUGAGCUCAACAAGUACCUCGAAGCAGCUGGAAUUUACAAUCCAUUGAGCAAAAUUUACGUUAUUACCAAGAAUUCGAGUUUCUUCGCGCAAUUUCUCUUUCUCCUUGUGAUUGCGCAUUUGGGAAAGUUGCAAUUUGUCAAAAAUCUCGCCACACUCAUUGCCAAGAAGCAGUCGGAGCAGAUUGAUGGGGCACCCUUUGUGACGGGAUUGGCAACAAUUCUGCGACAGUUUCAUCCCAAAAUUACAGAUAUGUUCAUUCAGUAUAUUAGUCAGUACAUUGUGUCCUUCAUUGAGGCUGGCAUCAAAACCAAAUCCGAAUUUAGUGGUGACUCCUUGAUAGCUGUGCACUUCCUGGAAGCCUUCAUACGAACGGCAAACAUUCCACGUGCCUCCGUUACAAAGUACAUCCCAUCGGUGAUUAUGAGUCAAUACGAGUAUUUAGCAACAAAAUUUUAAGAAUAUUUCAAUUUUAACUUUUAAUAUUAAUUACGUUUUACACGUUUUUGCAACAGAGAUAAAUUUCAACUAUUAUAUACUGUUUUUUGUAUUUUCUACAAAAUAAAUUCCAUAAUUGAUAUGAUUUCAAGAGAAAAAUGCAAAUUAUAAAUGAAAAAUGA